AUGGCUGCUCAGCAGCUAGUCAAGCAAAAGAAGAAGCCCUCUAAGGAGGCAGUGCUGUUCCCUGAGAGCAUCAGCACAGAGCAGCAGUCCCUGGUGCUGGUGAAAAGGCUGCUGGCCAUCUCUGUGUCCUGCAUUACCUACAUGAGGGGGCUGUUCCCUGAGAGCUCCUACGGCACUCGCUAUCUGGAUGACCUCUGUCUAAAAAUUCUGCGAGAAGAUAAAAGCUGUCUGGGAUCAUUGCAGAUAGUCAAAUGGAUUCAAGGUUGUUUUGAUGCUUUGGAGAAGCAGUAUCUACACGUGGCUGUCCUUGCAAUUUACACCAACCCCGAGACAGUCACUGAAAUGUAUCAAUUCAAAUUCAAGUACAAAAACAAGGUGCCCCAGAUGGACAUCAGCAGCAACCACAGGGAGUUUGUGGCCGGGCUGUGCAGCAAGGAUGUCAAACAUGCCAGCAGGCUCCUGCUCAGGACCCUGUACCUGCUCAUGCAGGACCUGGGGCCACUGCCCAAUGACAUCACCCUGAGCAUGAAGCUCCUCUACUACAACCAUGUCACUCCCAAGGAUUACCAGCCCCCUGGCUUCAAGGAAGAUGGCAGCCCUGGGGACCUCUUGUUUGCUGGGGAUCCCAUCAACCUGAAAGUGGGCUCAGUCUCCACUGAUUUCCACCUCAUGAAAAUCAGAGUGACAACUGAGAAGAAGAGGGUGAAGAAGGCUGACAGCAACCUGAUCCAGAAGAAUGGCCCUACUGAGAUCUCGCACCAAGGGCUGGACUGUGAGGAAGAUGAGGAGGAGGAGGAGAGCACAGAGAAUCACCCUUGCCCUGUCAGAGCAGAUUCAAAUGAGCACGAAGGGGACAUAAGUGACACCCACCCAGGUAGAAAAACAGAAGCAUCUUCUUUAUGCCUUGAAGAGAAAGGUAGCAAGAAGAGAGGAAUCAAGGAGGAGACAGACAGGAUGCCUUGCUCAAGGGCUUGUCAGGAGAUAAACCUCCUGAACCUUGCCUUCAGCCAGGAAGAGGUAAUAGGACCUGAGAAGAAAAGGAAGGUCAGUGAACCAGAGAAGCUGCCUCUGAACAGCAGGAAAUUAUGUUCGUUCUGA